CAUCCCAUCACCUCGGGCUUUGCCCGCCAUACCCAUCGACCAUGUCCAUCCUUCGCGAUGCAGACUGGUCUAUUCAACAGCUCAGGCUGGCCUACCUGCGUCGCAUCGACGAUCAUCACGGCGCGCGAGUCAUCUCUUUCCCUUCUCAUGACCGUGAUCGCGCAUAUAUCGACAGCGACGCCGGCCCGCCGAUGGGUGACAACGCCGUCGCCUCGUCGUCCAAGAUGACACUCGCCGAUGCCGAUACGCAUGUGGCUUUAGGCAGGCUCAACGACUCGGCCAAGUUCCCCGAAAUUGCGACGGCCUACUCGCCCAUCAUCUCUUCGCAGCCUCUUGGUCCUCCCGGAAGGGGCAAGAGAGGUGCGCCUCUGCCCUUCACCCUCAGCCGUACGGCUUCCAACAAUCGACGGCUUAGGCAAGGGCCGGGCGUCGCUACGACGACGACGACGACUACUCCUUCAGCUCAGCGAGACGCAGACCCGACUGCCAAGCGUCACUCGUCUCUUCGCUACACGCAGACCAUUUACCCUGCUGGGAGGACGGGUGCGUUGGGCAUCCGCGUCAACGCAAAGAGGGCUCCAAGCUUGCGUGACUCUUCGACUGCACCAAAGAGACAUCCUCGUAGAGGGACAGACAGCAUUGUGCCCGGUAGUCUUGGCGGAGGAGGGAUACGUGGCAGACAUUCCCUCGACGAGAGCGGCAAAACUCCGCCCCAGCUAUAUGUCUCGUCCUCAACCGCAGAAAGCAGGCCAAGACUACUCAGCGACGUUGGUAUGAGAGGAGCACGAGGUCGAAAUCAGCCUCUGGGCGCAGAAGCUUCGUCGUCUGGCACAGAGACGGACGUCUUUGAGGAGGAGUCAUCGCCGCGUCAGGCGCCAUCACCGCUGCCGCCUCCUACUCAAAGCAUGACGAGGACGACGUCAGCAGGCGCUGUCAGUCCUUCCCUUGAGCCUCCAACGUCUCCGCUAGGCCAGCGUCGUCGUUCCGCCACGAUUGAUGACUCAAGUACACCAGCCAACAUCAGAUUGGGUGUUCUACCAGCCACGCCUACAGAUCCCCGCCCGUUUGCUCUGCAGUCCGGGCAGAGCAAAGUCAACCCAGCAGCACCAUCCGGAUCAAUGCACGACUUCUCCCGCCCCUACACCCCGUCGAUACCAGCAAAGAAUCCAUUGCGCCACCUUCAAAGCGAUUCCUCCCUCUCCUCGCUCGUCUCCUCAGCAGCUGCGGGUGACGAGUCGGUGGAGAAUAGCCCUCGACCUACGCCCAAGGAGCUUCCCUUAGAGGGUUCCUCUGGGGUCGAGGCGUCUGCAUCAUCCUCUCGAACUCUCUCUCCGCCCGCAAGGCGUCCCUCCUGGACCAUCCUUGGCGCCUCGAGCGGCAGCCAGGCAGGGGCGCGCUCCUUGCCCCACUCUGCGAGGCGCAUGUCGGAUGGAGCGGUGCCAGGCAGGACACCUUCGCCGCUAGGCCGUCGCGAAGAGCACAGCGGCGAGACGAUCAUUGCAGAAGGCGAAGAGGAAGAUAGCGAGCUCGAGGCUAUUCGUGAGCAGCGCGGAGAAGACGGUACAGGUUCGACGAGCCAGUCCGCUUCAGACGGGCCUGCACGCAUCCCAAGGGUACGCAUUGACACAAGAGCACGGAAUGAUGGUCACGAGGAUGGGCAUGGCACGAAGAGGUCAGGGCGUAGCAAAGCAUCCCGAUCCAAGCAGCGAUCACGGUCUCGUCGUCCCUCACACGGCCGGGCACCGUCACCCAUAUUAUCCCCAGAGGAGCAAGAACGUCAACAAAACGCCUGGUUUCGCUCUCUUUCUCUCUCGCCUCACGAGGUCGCCACACGCUCUGCUGCCAAUAGCGUGCCGCUCGACCGAAGAGGGAGCAAUACAGGUAGCAUAGGACCGAUGUCGCCCGAGCGGCCAUCUGCAGCUCUGUCUCCCCAGCCAAAGCCGUCAGCCCUCAGUCUUCUCCUACAACGCCAGAACUCUGCGCCGGAGAACCCCUUCAGCCAGUUCUAUGCUGGUAUCUCCGGGAGAAGCGCAGCAGGUGGGGCUGCUGGGAGCCUAAGUGUGGACGUCUACUUCCCGUGGUCUGAGGGAGGAGAUGAUGCGGCUAAGGGUGGCUCAGAUGGUGCUACGGCGGGGAAUGGUGCUCUGCGCUCAAAAUCUUCUUCCCGCUGCCUUACGCUGUCGGUGCGCAAGGACGCAACAAUGGAGGAGCUAAUCGGUUACGGGCUUUACUGCUACUGGGAGGCGGGCUGGUCUCCGCGACUCGAGGACAAGGCCUCGACCUCUGGAGGUCCACAGGAGAUCGUCCUGUCCACCAUCGGCUGGGUUUUGCGCAUCGUCGAGGACGGGGAGGUGGAUGAUGACUACCCGUCGCUGGACCGUGGGUUGACGGUGGGUCGCUUCGGAGGAGACGAGUUCGCGAUCGUCGAGGCAAGCCAGCAGCAGGUCAGACAACAUGCUGCGACAUUUGACGCGAUCCUCAGGCGGGCGACGAGAGUGGUGGGAGGUACAGGGGCGGGAGGCACAGCGGGUAACGCAGCUGCAGUAGGGGCAGGCGCUGGAACAGCAGGCGUGCCAGCCAACAUGGCAGGCUCCGCUUAUCCACGCACCCUCAAGCCCUCAACGGCAGCCGCAGCUACCCUCGCAGGCACGACGCUGGCUCCGCCCGGUGCCCGACUAGGUGGCGGACUCACCUCACCAACUUCUUUGGCUCCUCAACACAACAACAAUCUCGCCCCUCCCGGCGGUGGCGCCACUUUAGGUCGCACAGCGCCCAACGCGCCUGCCUUCCCCGGCUCGCCGAACACGGCCGUCCCUUCCGCGUCCGCUAUGCCCUCCGCAACUGUCUCUUCCCUCGCCGCAGGCGGCGGGCCACUAGGAAGUACUGGGCCCGGCUCCGCCGCCGGGGGCAUCGGCCCCUCGUACUACGGCAAUGCUCCGUCGAUCUUCCUGCGUAUCCUCAUUACGCCCAACGACGAGGUGCGAUACAAGACGACGCUCAGCGUGCCAGAGGACAUGUACCUCGCCGAUGUGCUGGAGCUGGUAUGCAGGAGAAGACAGCUGGGCAAAGCGGAUGAGUGGGCCUUGGUCGUGCCGAGGGAGAGUGCCGCUGCUGCUCUCGCUGGUGGCGGCGGUUUGAGCGGGAGCGUGACGGCAGCAGGGCCAGACGCGAGUGCCGGAGAGAACAUCGUUGUGCCGCUCGACAGGACCGUUGAGUCCCUGCAGGGUAGUCACGACCUGGUUCUGGUGAGGAGGGCAAGCUUGGGCGCGCAGGGCGGGCUUGCGGCUUUGGCUAGUCAGUCGACCAACCCCAACGCGAGCAUCUUCCGUAAUCCCAUCCUAGGCGGCAGUAUUGCCGGAGGAGGCGAGCAAGGGGCAGGCAGCGGGACGCUGGGAAGUAGCGGGCUCGUUGCGGGGGGGGAAUUGAGUCGAGAUGGCCGCUUGACGAGCAAGGGGAGUGGUACGCCUCGCGGUGCCGGCGCGGGAGGAGGACUGGGACCCUCUGCGUCCGGCAGUACACUCUCCAGCAGCAGCACGGCAACAGGCAUGUCCUCAGCCAACCUGGCGCACCUCCUACUUGCCGGGUCAGGGAGCAACUACUACCGCUCUUGGACCGUCUCCCGUCGCUUGCCCCCCAUGUUCGCGCGUGGUCGUAAUGCACUACCUAGUGGGGCUUCUUCACGGCUGCUGCACCACGCCGGCGGAACCACGACGCAUGGCCACUCCACCUCGCAUCACCACCACAAUCAACAGCACGAGCGGACACUUACCAUUGAUGGGGAUUGGAUUCACCUCAUCCCCACUGACGCGGCAAGUAAUGCCGGUGACGGAUCGGGGUACGGCGGAAGGCUUCUCUUCGGCGGUGGGACCUCUUCGUCGCACGCCGCGGCCAGCUUCAGCGUAGGUGAUGUUGCAGGCUGUCGUUUGAGCAGUGCAGCCGCUGCGGCCGUGGCUGCCCGUUCUGAGGGCGGUGACGUCAGCGCCACUACAGCCGGCGGUGAUGACGCAGCAGGAGCCCUCUCUCCUUCCACGAGCCAUCACCCACUCCCAGCAGGUAGCACUCACUUCAAGCUCACGGUGGCGUUGAAGAGCGGUGGAAGCGGUGGGACAGGAAGCGUGGGAAGACAACAGAAGCGCUUUGAUCUUGAAGCGGAAGAUACGCGGCAGGCGGCUGAAAUUGUACGAGAGAUCAACGCGAGGAGGUCGAGAUGGGGUGGAGGGAUGUAGGAGGUUUCGAGCGUGUUGCCAGCUUACAAUCAGGACUCGCAUCUGCCUACAUUGUGCGCAGGACGUCUUUUGAAUUGUUCUUCGCGAUCUGAAAGAGAAGGAUGAGGGUGCAAGGAGAACGGGAGCAAAGAUGUACAAGAUGAGAGUUCAGGUCACCAGUAUCCACCUCCGCAUCUCUACUUGGCCCCUGCAGCGGGCGCCUCCCCCUCCUUCUUCGCCUCCGCUGCACCAUCCGCUGGCUCGUCCUUCUUCUCCGCCGCGUCUGCUCCGUCUGCCUUUACUUCACCUUCCUCACCCUCCACCUCGCCUUCCUCCUUUGCUGCAUCAGUGGGGGCGGUGGAGGGAGCAUUGGCCGACUUCUCCU